GCUUCUUUUUCUGCAUCUCUUCCUCUUUCUUAUCUAUUUCAUGCACUUUCUUGUAUAUUUACUGUUAUUUAUUUAGUUAUAAACUUUUCUUGGAUCUAUGGUGGGGUUCUCAUGGUUGUGGUUGGGAGAUCUAAUGGGAGCAAGCAUUCAAUCAUGGUGUUUUGGAAGUCUUUCAAUGUGUUCUCUUUCUGUUUGUUGGUGCAAAAGUUUUCCCCUUUUUUUUUUAUUGCAAAGGUUGGAUUUUUAUUACUGUUUCUUGCUGAAAGAUAGGAAGUUCAUGUGGUUGGUGUCAUAUCCCAUCUUUGAUUUAUUAGUUGCUCUCUGGAAUUUUUCUUUGUUGGCAUUUGGUUCUCUUGGACGCAAUAUCUUUCAUUGAAGCUGGUUUUCUUCCAAUAAAGGUCUUGCCAUUCUCCGCAGGUUUUGGGAGUGUUGCUUCUUAAUUUGUUUGUGGAAAAGAAAAUGUGGGGCAAGUGACAUGCAUUGGAACAAUGGCUUUCAAGCAACAUCAAUCAAAGCCGAAGCCGAACAAAUUAGAUCCUAUGACACUGAGAACAUUGCCCAAGCUUUCACAGCAAGGAGAUUCUUCGCAAUUGGAUCAAGAGAAGAAGAAUUCAGAUCAGAGCUGUGCCAAGGAUAGUUUGGGUUCGUCUAAGCUCAUUGAUGAUAAUGACAUGGUGACAGAGAUGAAUGAUUGUGCUAAGAUUAACGGGCAAGCGGACUUUGUCGAGAGUGGUAAGAGUAGUAUGUGCAGGGCAAGCGCAAGCAGCGAUGUUAGUGAUGUGAGUACUUGUAGCAGUGUUAGUAACAAUUUGAGCAAGCCUCAUAAGGCAAAUGAUAUAAGAUGGGAGGCAAUUCAACGGUUCAGGGCCAGGGAUGGGGUGCCGAGUUUGAGCCAUUUUAGGCUUCUCAAGAAGUUAGGUAGUGGUGAUAUUGGCAGUGUGUAUUUAUCUGAAUUGAGUGGGACUAGAUGUUAUUUUGCUAUGAAGGUUAUGGACAAGAAUUCCCUAGCAAGUCGAAAAAAACUGGUUAGAGCUCAGACUGAAAGAGAGAUAUUGGAAUGCCUUGAUCAUCCAUUCCUUCCAACAUUGUAUACUCACUUUGAAACCGAUAAGUUUUUGUGCUUGGUGAUGGAGUAUUGCCCCGGAGGAGAUCUGCACACACUUCGACAGAGACAACCGGGGAAACAUUUUUCAGAACAAUCUGUGAGGUUCUAUGUAGCUGAAGUUCUACUGGCAUUGGAGUACUUGCACAUGCUCGGCAUAAUCUAUCGCGAUCUCAAGCCAGAAAAUGUCCUUGUCAGAGAAGACGGUCAUAUCAUGCUCUCCGACUUCGAUCUCUCCCUUCGCUGUUCAGUUAAUCCCACACUCAUAAAAUCCACAAACUCCGACUCUGAUCCUAACCGGAAGAACAACCCCGUCUACUUUGUCCAACCUGCCUGCAUUGAGCCAUCAUGCAUCCAGCCAUCCUGCGUUGUACCUACAACAUGUUUCUCGCCGCGCAUUUUCCUGUCCAAAUCAAAAAAGCAAAGGAAACCAAAACCCGAAGUCGGCAACCAAGUAAUGCCGCUGCCAGAACUCAUUGCAGAACCUACAGAUGCUCGGUCCAUGUCAUUUGUCGGCACUCACGAGUACUUAGCUCCCGAAAUCAUUAAAGGUGAGGGCCACGGUAGCGCUGUUGAUUGGUGGACUUUCGGUAUAUUCUUAUACGAACUUCUAUUCGGAAGAACUCCUUUUAGAGGUUCAGGUAACAGAGUGACACUCUUCAAUGUCGUCGGCCAGCCAUUACGUUUCCCUGAGUCUCCGACUGUGAGCUUUGCCGCGAAAGACCUCAUCAGAGGAUUACUAGUGAAGGAGCCUCAAAGCCGACUUGCUUAUAAGCGCGGCGCAACUGAAAUAAAACAGCAUGUCUUUUUUGAAGGUGUGAAUUGGGCAUUGAUUCGAUGCGCUAGUCCGCCGGAGAUUCCAAGACUUGUCGAUAUCGAAAAAUGUCAGGCCUCAGCUGCAUCAAGCAGUGGCAAGACUCAAUCUACCAAUGAUCAGAAAUGUGCAGAUAAUUAUCUAGAGUUUGGUUUCUUUUAGGCCUUGCUGUUCUUUUUCUGAGCAAAGUUCUAGUUUUUACUGUCAAAAUCUGGUUGAUGAAUCAAGCAGUAAAUAAUCUGAAUUGUGCAGAUGAUCAUCAGAAUUUCAGUUUCUUUUGGUUGUUCUUCUGAACACUGUUCAAGUUUUUAA